UGGCAGCAAGCUGGGCUGUAUUUCUAUAUUGUAACUCAUAAUUCUGUAUUUAUAUUUAAAUUGUAACAAAUUAAAGCUCUAAAGUCAAAUCAUGCCCGAUACUGAGCAAUUGCCCGAAGGCUGGGAAAAGCGCACAAGCCGCUCCACUGGUCUAAGCUAUUACCUCAACAUACACACCAAGGAAUCGCAAUGGGAUCAGCCCACAGAGCCGGCAAAAAAAAGCGCCAGCGGCGGCUCCGGUUCAGCCGGCGAAGGACCAGAUGAGGUACAAUGUCUCCAUCUACUAGUCAAACACAAGGGCAGUCGUCGCCCGAGCUCGUGGCGUGAGGAGAACAUCACACGCACCAAGGAGGAGGCCCAGAUGCUGCUUGAAGUCUACCGCAAUAAGAUUGUCAACAACCAAGCCACAUUCGAUGAAUUGGCUCGUUCCUAUUCCGAUUGCAGUUCAGCCAAACGUGGCGGAGAUUUGGGAAAAUUUGGUCGCGGCCAAAUGCAACCGCCUUUUGAGAAGGCGGCCUUUGCUUUGAAUGUGGGCCAACUCUCCGAAAUUGUGGAUACCGACUCGGGACUACACAUCAUUUUGCGCAAGGCCUAAUGCCCGCGAAUAAAAUUAAUUCCAUUUCUUGUUUCGUUCGUUAGUCAACAAAUUCGCUAUGAAGCAAACCAAAUUACACAUUUUCAUUGUAAUUAUCAAAAAAACGCACGCAUAAAAUAAACUUUUUUCCAGUUAUUAUAAAUAAGUGCAUCACCAA